AUGGCGGAUCACGAAAAUUUGCCCACUGCCGAGCAGAUGGAUACCCAUGACGAAGAUGGCAACGAUGAGGAAGAAAUCUCUGCCAUGAAGAAGCGCAUGGCAGAAAUGGAAGCCGAAGCCCAGAAGCUGCGCGAAAUGCAGGCCAACCUCGAUAAAGAAAACGAUAACCUCAAGGAGGAUAAAGAGGAAAUCGAUGCGCGAAGCAUUUUUGUUGGAAAUGUGGAUUAUGGCGCCUCGCCGGAGGAGAUUCAAACACAUUUCCAGAGCUGUGGGUCUAUAAAUCGGGUCACCAUCUUGUUGGAUAAAUUCACGGGGCAACCGAAAGGAUAUGCGUAUGUUGAAUUUGCGGAACCCAGUUUGGUUGCCCAGGCUCUUGUUCUUAAUGAGAGCAUUUUCCGGGGCCGAGCGCUGAAGGUCGUACCGAAGAGAACCAACAUCCCGGGUAUGCAGAGGGGCCGUGGUGGUGGCGGCGGCGGCGGCGGUUACAGGGGUGGUGGAAGAGGAAGAGGCGGCUUUGGUGGCGGGUAUGGAGCACCACCGUACCGUGGUGGAUACCAGCCUAGGGGUGGUUUCCGCGGCCGUGGGUUCCGUGGACGUGGAUAUUCGCCUUACUGA